CUGGGAGUUGUAGUCCGCGGCGGCGGGAGGUUUGACUGGGGCGGCGGGCUUAGCGCUCUCAGAACUGCAUCCCCCGCUGGCCUCCGCGGCCUGGGCCGUUGCCUUUUCCUGUUCAGGGGACAAGAACCCUUGCUGCAGCAAGUUGAGAAGUUUGGGGGAGGGGUGUCCUCCUUCCCGCCGAGCUCUCGGAGAUUAAGGGCUCGGCCUGCUCAGGUAGAGGACGUUCCGGGUCUUGCAAACUCAUCUCCCGGGAGGGAGCGGAGGGAAAGGGGGGACGCGGCUGCUAAGACUGAGCUUGCGACGGAGUCGGCUGUUACCCGGGGAAGUUCUUCAGGGAAACGCCUCGGAACUGUGGCUUCUUGCGGAAGCGGUGAGGCCAAAGCCGGGGCCCGCGGAGACCGGUCCGGAGAGGCGGCGCGCGUUCUUACAGGUCUCGGAUGAGGAAACUUCAGUCCACCGAGUUGAAGAAACUGGCUCGCUCACCACGAGACAACCGCACUGUCAAAUUUAACACCUUUUGAAGGAUUUAUUGAUCAGAUUAGAAGCAUGUUCCAACUGUCACAUCAGAAUUUGAAUAUUAUGGCUCCUAUUGGCUCACCAUUAAGCAAUUCAUAAGGAAGAGGUUUAGAUAAAGUUUGUUACCGGACUUUAUAGAAGUUACAGACUUACCUAGAAGAACAUACAUAUACAUAACUGCUUUCACAAGGCUGCCUUUUUAAUGAUAUGGUUCCAAUUGCUUUGAUAUUGGCAUACUACAGAGGACUGACUUCUUCAGUGCUUAGCGUCUGAGAAAAAAUGGCAAAUAUGGAUAGUGAUUCUAGCCAUCUUCUCAUCCCUGAGGUAGAUAAUGAAAUAAAUCCUGGACCUAUGAAUAUCCAGUUUGAUUCAUCAGAUAUAAGAUCCAAAAGGCCUUUCUAUAUAGAGCCCACAAACAUCGUCAGUGUGAAUGAUGUCAUUCAGAGGGUUAGUGACCAUGCCUCUGCAAUGAACAAGAGGAUUCAUUACUACAGCCGGCUCACUGCUCCUGCAGACAAGGCACUGGUUGCCCCAGAUCAUGUAGUUCCAGCUCCAGAAGAGUGCUAUGUGUAUAGUCCAUUAGGUUCUGCUUAUAAACUUCAAAGUUGCACCGAAGGAUAUGGUAAAAACACCAGUUUAGUAACCAUUUUUAUGAUUUGGAAUACCAUGAUGGGAACAUCUAUACUAAGUAUUCCUUGGGGCAUAAAACAGGCUGGGUUUACUACUGGAAUGUGUGUCAUCAUGCUGAUGGGCCUUUUAACACUUUAUUGCUGCUACAGAGUGGUGAAAUCACGAACUAUCAUAUCAUCAGUGGAUACCACUACCUGGGAAUAUCCAGAUGUCUGCAGAUAUUAUUUUGGCUCCUUUGGGCAGUGGUCAAGUCUCCUUUGCUCCUUGGUGUCUCUUAUUGGAGCAAUGAUAGUGUAUUGGGUGCUUAUGUCUAAUUUUCUUUUUAAUACUGGAAAGUUUAUUUUUAACUUUAUUCAUCACAUUAAUGACACAGAUGCAAUACUGAGCACCAACGAUAGCAACCUUGUGAUUUGUCCAAGCGCCAGGAGUGGUGACCAUCCUGACAAUGGCUCUAUGAUUUUCUACACCAAUGACUCGGGACUCCAGCAGUUUGAAAAGUGGUGGAAUAAGUCCAAGACAGUGCCCUUUUACCUCAUGGGGCUCCUCCUGCCACUGCUUAAUUUCAAAUCUCCUUCAUUUUUUUCAAAAUUUAAUAUCCUAGAUCUUACCUGGGUUUUAGUGGGCAAAAACGACAAAGGCACAGUGUCUGUUCUCUACUUGAUUUUUCUUGUCACCUUGAAGGCUAUUCACUUGGGAUUUCAUUUGGAGUUUCAUUGGUUUACGCCAACAGAGUUUUUUGUCCCAGAGAUAAGAUUUCAGUUUCCACAGCUGACUGGGGUGCUUACCCUUGCUUUCUUUAUUCAUAAUUGUAUUAUCACCCUCUUGAAGAACAACAAGAACCAAGAAAACAAUGUGAGGGACUUGUCCAUUGCUUAUAUACUGGUGACAUUAACUUAUUUCUAUAUUGGAGUCCUGGUUUUUGCUUCAUUUCCUUCACCACCAUUAUCCAAAGAUUGUAUAGAGCAGAAUUUUUUAGACAACUUCCCUAGCAGUGACAUCCUGUCCUUCAUUGCAAGGAUAUUCCUGCUGUUCCAGAUGAUGACUGUAUAUCCACUCCUAGGCUACUUGGCUCGUGUCCAGCUGUUGGGCCAUAUCUUCGGUGAUGUUUAUCCUAGCAUUUUCCACGUGUUGAUUCUUAAUCUAGUUAUUGUGGGAGCUGGCGUGCUCAUGGCCUGUUUCUACCCAAACAUAGGAGGAAUCAUAAGAUAUUCAGGAGCAGCAUGUGGCCUGGCCUUUGUAUUCAUAUAUCCAUCUCUCAUCUAUAUAAUUUCCCUCUACCAAGAAGAGCGUCUAACAUGGCCUAAGUUAAUCUCUCACAUUUUCAUCAUUAUUUUGGGCCUGGCUAACCUAAUUGUUCAGUUUUUUAUGUGAAAUAGUCAACUGUCUUCUCCAGAUCUUUCAUGGUGUUUUGAACUCUGACAACAGUUCCACAUAAACUCACUUGUAAAUGCUGUUGUUGCUGUAAUUAUUAAUGUUUUCCUAAGGUAAUUUGAAACCAAGGGAAAUAGUGGUCCAUUAAUAAGUAAUUCGUGUUAGAAUGGGGAAAAGGGCAGUAAGAGUGGUCUUAAUCUCUUUACCAUUUUCAUAUUCACUCAUCUCUUCAUUCUCACUGUCUUUUCUGAGUAGAAAUGUAUGCCCCUAGGAAAAAUCAUGCUGGGUUUUGCUUUUAGAGAUGUAGGGUGGGUGUGUUUAUUCUGGCUACAAUAAUGAUUCUCAGAGUGUCAGAGCAACUAUGUUGCCAGAUCCCAUUUCUGUUUUAUGUUUCAGUUAUUCACUUUUAUUUUAUUACUUGCUAUAUCAUUUCUACAGUUUGCCCAAACCUUUACUGUUUUAGACAGUAAACCAAAUACCUCAUUCUAAAAAAGAAGUGUCCAUGACAUCAGUGUUAGUAGAGUGAAUUCUUACGUGAGCCCUUAAUCUCUGUUUUAAAAAAGAAAGAAGGAAAAAAAAAAAAAAGCAAUGUCAGAACAGGCCCCAUGGUCAUGAAACUUAUGUAAAAUAAAGGAACUAGGAGAGAAUUUGUUGCUAUCUGACUCCUCUUUUGUUUCUAAUCCAGUUCCAGUUCCCCAAGCCACAUUUUGCAUAGGAACAAGUAUUGUCCUCAUAGACCCAGAGGGCUCUUUGGCUUUUUGGACCUCUGAGGCUUGCAUAGGAUGUGAUGACAGGACCAGUGGGGAAGAAUAUAGGAAGCAUGGAAGAGAGGGAUAUAUGAGGCGUUAAGGGAAUAGAGAGGGGCCAGAAAGAGUGAGGCCUCCUUAAAAGUGUAUUCUCUGCUGAGGGUGAAAGUGAUUUCUUCAACACAGGAAAGGAUGACUUCUGUUCAAAGUAUGACCUCCAGAAGGAGACCCCCUCAACUUAACUUCUGUAACUGUCAGGGUAGCGGUUAAAUCCCCAAAAGAAAAACUACUUGGAUCUGAGAAAAGGAUUAGGGAAUCUGAAUUCUUUGAUUAACACUCUCUUCUUUUUCUUUCAAACUAAAAGCUAAACCAAAAUCUAAAUCCAUGUCUUUCAUGUAAUAUAGCCUCCAUGUUCAGCUGGAAAAGUUAGAUUUCUCUAAUUUUAUGGUAACAUUAAACAGUGUAUUGUGUUAAUACACAUCCCAAGAUAAUGUGUAGAUUUGUGUGAUUUUCCUUCCUUUGAGAAAGACAGGUGAAAUGGUUUUUUAAACCUGGUAAAGAGCCCCAGAUUCAAGACCAGCCAUUCUUCUUUUUAGCAGAGCUUUCUAUCUAGUCCAUAGACCCAUACCCAUACUGAUGAACUAUAUUGCCUAAAGCUCUUUUUUAAAAAGUCUCAUUAUGAAAAUUCUCAAGCAUACACAAAAGUAGAAAAAAAUAAUAUGAUAAAUCCCCCCAUACCCAUCCCCUACAUUUAGUAAUUAUAAGACUUUGCCACAUUGCUCACCUAUCCCCCUUUUUUUCUUUUCCACUGAAACAUUUUAAAAUCAAUCUUCAAGUUAUGUCAUUUCAUCUCUACAAACCUUAAUAUGCACUUGAACUUAGUUACGUUUAUUGAGGGAGACAGUCUCUCUGAAGUUGUUUGUUGUUGUUAGCAGAAACUGCUGGUAGAAAUUAGGUAAUUAGAAAAUGCUGCGUUAUGUGUCUGGAUCCCGGUGCUAACCUCUCUUAGAACAGGAAUAUAAGGCGUGGAGAAAAUGUAUCUCUGUGCUUUUAUGACUUGAGGGUUUUGUUCAGUUAGAGACAUAGGAAUCAAAAGCCAGACCUUGAGAGAUCUUCCAGGCUUAAUCCUUGUUUAUCUCUAGUUGCCUCCCUUGUCUUUAAAAACUUCAGAGACAAAGUUGCAUUGCCUUUUUUCAAUGAUAUACUUGAAUGUUUUAACACACAGAAAAGUGAUUUGAUAUAUUUUUGUGCAUUUAAUAAUCAAAGUGAAUAUGAAAAUGAAUGCAUUAUUGAUUAAACUGAAAAGCAACGUGAUAUUUGCUCUUUUUUUUUGCGUUAUGCGGGCCUCUCACUGUUGUGGCCUCUCCCAUUGCGGAGCGCAGGCUCAGCGGCCAUGGCUCACGGGCCCAGCCACUCCGCGGCAUGUGGGAUCCUCCCGGACCGGGGCACGAACCCGUGUCCCCUGCAUUGGCAGGUGGACUCCCAACCACUGCACCACCAGGGAAGCCCGAUAUUUGCUUUUUGUUUUCUUUAAGAGACUUGCUGAUUUAGAAUUUCCAAAAUCCUAUGUUAGACUUAUACUGAAUGACUUUGCCUCCUUAGGUUUUUCUUCACAAAACCAGCUCCUUUGGCCUAUUAAUUAGCUUGGUCGGAAAACUCUUUGUGUACGUGUGUCCUGGCUCACAAAUUAGAAUGAUGAGAUGAGAUCUCAUUCUGAUCAUAUUACAAUUAAUUUUAGACUUUCUUUGCUGUCAUCUCUUUGAAUUUUCUGAUUAAAUUUCUUUCACUUCUUGCUCCGAAGUGGUUAAUCUUAUAGUUUCUUUGAAUUUAGCUUAUUUAACACAUAACUGAGGACGUUAUAAAAUUUAAAAUAGCUUGUUUAGAGAGCUCUUCCUUGGAAAGGCUCUGGAUGAAUAUGUGGUAUACUAAUACUGUGCCAGAAAGGGAAAAGAAAUAUGCUUUGACAUUUGACACCUACGGGUGACCAUCCAAAAUCAGUUUCAUCAUCACACCCCAAAAAUGUAUUGGAAUAAAGAAUAAAUUUACCCACAAAAAGGGACUGUAUUAGAGGGAAAUAUUCACUUCAUUUACGCUAAAUAUAUUUUGCAAAUACAAUACAGCCACUAAAUGCAGAAGCAGAAGAGUUUUUGGUUUCUACUUGGAGUUCAUUAGGAGAAUUUUUUUAUCUGUAUUUUGACUUACUCAUUUCCAUAAAUAAUUGAAUAACUACGAUCAGGGAGGGGGAAAUUUCCCCCCAUCCCUCUUGAGUUCUUUUGGCUGGUCUAAUAAUUAAAUUGACCCAAGACAUAUUAACGGGAGAAAGAAGCAAAACAAAACAAUUUAAUUUGCAUGUGUAGAAUUCUCAUAGAAAUGGGACCCCCGAAGUGACCAAAGCAAGUUGUUCAUAUAUCAUUUUUAGACAAAGAAAGAUUUAUGAAGAUUUAAGUUAUGCUAGGGAGCAAACUGAUGAAGAAGUAACAACAUUUGUUUAUAGUAUAGCUUUUUAAGCCUUGAGUUCCCUAACUCGGGUGAUAAGGACGCUUUGUAGCCUCCUGGUAUAGGGAGGAUACCUUCACCUGGGAGAUUUAUUUCUUGCUUUCAUGGGGAAGGGGGAAGUCAGAGUGUUUUUUAUAUCUUUUGUUUCCACCAGCUGUUUCUCAAGUAACUUUAAUUCAAAAUAAUCACUAUGCCACUGUGACAUAUCUUGGGGCAGCCUGUCCUGAGCCCCAGCACUGCCAUGUUCGGUACUUUGGAGAAGGCAAAUAUGUAUAAGACAUCACUCAUAUCCUAAAGGAACUUGUGGUCCAGUAAACUACGCCUACAGUUAACUAUAAUGCAAGGCACUUUCAGACAAAGAGAAACAGAUCCCUUCCAGUCAGGCUCCUCAGGGAGGGCAGGUAAACGAAGCUGAGUGGUAAAGCUGCAAGGACACAUUUUCAGCCUUCUCCUAAUAACUGUCCAAAAUUUUAGGUGUUUGAUACAUUCGCCAUCAAGUGGGAUCUUCUAAAGUGUAAUUGCUUUUACUUUGGCAAAUUUUCUCUAAGAUAAGUUUUAUAAGAAGUAUUUAACUGCUUCUGUAUACUGUUUAUUGUUCUCUUUGCAUUUUAACACUGCAAGAUUCACUUCUGUGAAUCUUGGACCGCAAAAUACAAUUGGUCAGUAGGGGAAAUAAUCAGUAACACAUUGGGCAGUACAAACAGAAAGAUUCUAUAAGAUUUUCUCUCCAAAAAUUUGACUUAUUUAUCUGUAUUCAAAACGUCAAAUGUUUGGGCUCAUUGAUUAGAGCAGAAAAUAUUGAUGCUGCUUGUUUUCUUUACAAAGCACUGACCUGUUGCUUUUUAAAAUCUGGUCAUGGUGAUGUGGUGGUGGUUUGUUUUCUCAUCCCAAUUCAAACGUCCAAAAGAAAAUCCAAAUCUAGCUGACACCUAAACAAUAGAAUGUUAUAUUAGUUUGUUGUCCAAAAUGGAACGCGCACAAGGCAGCCUGGCUGGCCCCAGUUUCACAGUCGACUGCCGACUUCACUUCAGAUUAUGUAAACAUGUUUUGCAAAAGAGCUCUGACGGGAACCUCAUAACCUAAACACUGUUCUCUGAAAUGUAAUUUGUUGUCUUUUUAUAUAAAAGAAGAAAUUAAAUCAAAAUUAUUUUGAAGAAAAACGAGUCUGGGAUUUUGUUUAAUUGAACUUUGCCAGGAGAUGCCAUUGCCUAGUAGCACUGACCCCAGGGUAGAAGGAGACAAUCUUUUGCAGGGUCAGACUUCUCAAGUGACUCUGCAUGUGUCACAUGAGGUCACUCAAGUGACCGAUGCAUGUCUCACAUGCCCUCCCUCAUGUUCUAGAUCCUAAAAAAAAAAAAAAAAGGUAUAUGCUUUGUAUGUUAACCAAAACCUAAAAUGAUCAUCCCUUUUGGACAAUAAUACUGUGUGACUUCUCCCUCUAAGAGCAUUUCAGAAUGAAUGUGGCACUUCAGAUAAGUGUAGCCCAGUUUCUGGCAAAGAGCUUAGUGUCAUAAUCUUACAGAGCCAUUUAAGGCAAUAGAGAGCUCUAAUCUUCUGCCUGCCUUAAGUAAAAUUCCUUUUUUUCCCCAAUGCCAUUUUUUAAAAUAUUUUUGUCAACUCUUCUGCAAAGAUAAAAUAAGGCUGUGUCUUUUUAAAAGAUUAAAAAUUCCUCCAUUCUCCUUAUUCAUCUCAGGCCAUAAAGUUCAGGGCUGGGAUAGGGAUUAGAAAGAGCACACUCUGCAAAUUUUUCCUCCUUUGGGUCUCUCUUGAUAUCUCAAGUAAUCCAACUGUGUUUGGUUUUAACAGACACUUAAUAUACACUUGUUUAAUCAAUCAAUUAAUGAGGCAGGAUUCCACUUUAAUGGAAAACAAUAAUUGCUACUUUUUAAGGGUUUUUCGUUUCUACUUGGAGUUCAAUACCCCCCCCCCCCAAAAAAAAAAAAUUGGGCCAUUCAGGUUCAGAAUUAGUCUCUCGGCCAAUUCGGCCAAUAUUUAAGUACUAACCGGAUGCCAGACUCUGUGCUAAGCACAGAGCAUCCAGUGGUGAACAAGGUGGAUGUGGCCCUGGCAGCAUCCUUGCCCACCCUCUGAACUCGGGCAGCUGGUCAUUUUCCAAGAUAAAACAACUUUAAUUAUAAUCACACAAAGUUAUGUAGACAUGUGGACAAAAACUGAAAGGGACCACAGAAGAAUAAAUGUGGGUUACCUGUUGAAGUGAUGAGACUCUAGGUGAAUCAUUUAUGUUGUUACUUUAUUAUCUGCAUGACAAGCUUUCUAAAAGGAUGUCUGUAUUAAAAGGCGGCUUGUAGAAAUUUAUCUAGACUCAAGCCAUGAAGUAAAGGACCAACUUACAAAGAACCUUUGGGAUGGGGGAUAGAGGUCAUUUGUUACAGGGCAGGUCCAAGUUUAGUGGGGCCUGAAGUUAUAUAAUUUGUUCUUCCCUCUUAAGGAAAAACAUACAAAAUUAGGAAGAACCCCAUACAAGUGAGGAUCCCUUGCUUUAACGUUUUUUAGCUUUAAGGUAAAUCAUCCACACAGCUCUGGGGACGGGACUUAGACUGAAGGAGGUGUAAUGAAGAAAAGUUUCAGCACUCGAAUAUGUCAAGCUUUGAGUGCCUCCGCUACCUUUAAGAACUGCAACUUUUACUAGAUCUGAGCCUUUACUUCUCAAAGAGUCUAAUUGGAUUUAGCAAAAUAGCAUGGGAUACAAAUUCAGUAAUGGUUAAUAUGGGAUCACAAUAGGACAUUUUUCUUUUUUAGAGAGGUUUUACUUGGGAAUGGGUUUUGCAGCAGGGGGGUCUCCUUUUAACUUUACAGAAAUAAUAGAGUUCAAAGAUACUGUUUGUCAAAUACCUAUUCAAUGAACCUUAGAGAUGAGGAACAUUUUAAGGGCUCUUGAUGCAGAAAACAAGCCACCAAGAGCAACAUUAGAAUAAGGUAACAUUUAUUUAUUCAUACUUCACUUUGUCCCAGAAGGGACCUGUUUUCACUACAGUAAAGUAAAAUCAACUGCAUAAUUGUCUCUUUUUUUAGAGACUAAAUUAGAACUUUAUGACACUCCUUAAGGAGAGGAAACUAUUCAAAUAAUUAUACCUUUUAUAAUUUUAUAGUUCUUUGUAGCUUAUAUUAUAGUUCUUUAUUGUAGGUAGAUAAAGCAUAAUUCAAUGCAGUAAACGUAUUGAUGAUUGUCCUAGAAUUGGAAAUACAAAUAUAGAGUUAUCCUUCCCAGUGCUGCUAGAAUUCUCUUAAUGUAACAUGAACCUGAUUAUAUCCCUCCUCUGUAAAAUCCUUCAGUGCCCCAAUAGAAAAAUGGGCAAGGGCCUUUGUAACAGACAGCUCUCAGAGGAACAACUGCAAGUUAACAUGGAGAUUUAAAAAGUUCAGAGUCGAAAUACUGAUCUGUGCUAACGAAUAAACCUCAAAAACAUGAAAGUGAAGGAAGCUACAUGCAAAAGACUAACGGUUCCAUUUAUAUGAAAUGUCUAGAAAGGGCAAAUUUAUAGGAACAGAAAGCGAAAUAGUUGCCUGUGUCUGGGGGUGGGAGCAGGGACUCACUGUAUAUGGCCAUGUGGAGGAGAUUUUCUAGGGUGAUAGAAAUGUUCUAAAAGUGGGUUGUGGUAAUAGUUGCACAACUAUAUAAUUACUAAAAUCAUUGAAUUGUACACUUACAUUGAAUUUUAUGAAGUGUAAAUUAUCCCUUGAAGCAGUUUUUUAAAAAGUUCAACCUCAGUAGAAAAGUAAUUUAAAAUGCUUUCUACUUGUCGAAUACUAAAAUAAUAGUAACUGUUAUUAUUAUUAUACACUGACAAAGGUAUGGGAAUGAACACUCAUACACAAGUGGUUGGUGUAAAAGUGGGUGUAAACUUUCUGAAGGUAAUUUGACAACAUGCAUCAAAGCCUCAAAAUGCUCAUAUACUUUGACUCACUUCCAGAUGUGUGUCCUAAUUGGAAGGUGUGGAUAUAUAAACACAAAGAGAUAUUUAUCUCUUUACUAUUUGUAAUGGAAAAAUUAGGAACAACCUAAAUGUCCAACAAUAGGAGAUAAAUUAUAGAAUACCCAUCAAUAGAAUACUGUUUAGCUAUUUAAAAUGUUGAUGCAGAUGCCUGUAUGUAAUAAGUGUCAAAAAGAUGUUUAUAAAUAUAAGUAAAGAAUUUAAAAUAUUUGUGUAUAUAUAUGUAUAUAUUGGAAGUUUAUAUAACAAAUAUGAAUAUUGGGCAUCUCUGGGUAUUAGGACUAUUGGGUAUUUCUUUUCUCAUUUGUUUAUCUGUAUUUUCUAAAGUUUUUAAAUGUGUCAUGUUUUAUGAAAAAAGCAAUAAA